AUGGCUCCUAUAAUAUACCUGACCAGCCAGGUCCCCAGGUACUCAACCACUCGCCGAGAUGUCGACCCCCACUGCUAUGGGUGGGAUUGCCUCAGUGAAGGUGGCCAGGUUGGGGUAGUUCUGGUGAUCAUAUUCUCUUUUGGUCUGGGGUGGUAUAUGUGGCGCAAACUUGGCCAGCCUGAGACUGCCUCCUCACGGCGAUGGAGUAUGAUCACCGGCCUAGCGUCUUUGCCUCGCCUCUCCCGCCCUGGCACCCCAUCUGGACGUCCUGAAAGUCGCAGAAUGUCUGGGUCUAUUUAUCGCCAAGGCCACAGAUUCUCGGGUUCUAUUCACCGUCGGUCGCAGUCUCGCCCAAUUUCUCUGGAAAGCAUCAGGGAGGAGAGGGAUCGCCAGCCUGGGGAGUCAGAAAGCAGUGCCAGUCCCCAAUGCCCAUCGUCAGGGCAUAUUGAGAUGGUGAAGACUGUAGGCGGGAACCACCAGCCUCCGGUCAUACCACCUCCUCCAGGCCCUGCGCCUAUGCUAUGGACCGCCGGUCCAACGCUAGUAUUUAUUCACCCUCCUGCUUACCCGCUCAGCUUUUCGAACAGUGGUCGUGCGAACGAAAUUCGUUUCUCGUCUGCUGUAGGACAGCCAGUUCCCUUCCAACCCUACCCCUUUCCAUAUCAAUACGGUCCAGGCCCAUUACCCCCUUUCCCCAAAGGCAUGGGCAUACCUCCGAACGGGCCUGUUCCACCACCAAAUCAGGGAAAUGGACCUCAGGCCACCGAUAACAACCCAACCGGCCCAUCACAACCAAGUGCACCCAGCCGACCAGCUGAGAACCGCCGCAGAUCUUGGUUUCCCUUCUUCCACCACAAACGCCCCACCCCCGGUCACGCAAGAUCAAUCUCGGAGUCAGCCAUUUCCACCCUCCAACCUGAGCUCUCCUCCUUGCGCCUCCCACCCAUGGAAGAACCUGAUAUCAACCGUCUUCGACACCAGUCGUCAAUCCGACUAAUCGAUCGCUCUCCCUCUCCACGGCAGCACUCCCCCUGUCCGUAUCCCCGGAUUGGAUACUGCAACCAAUCGCCAAGUCACAAUCUCGACUCUGACAGCGAGGGGAUCCACCCCUCUGAGCUUAGUCUAACCUCUGUCGGGACUAGCAUGAGGGUCCACGAUGGGAUACCGCCCUCUGAGGUGUCUGAUUUUGGCAGGGAUCCUCACUUGGAGGAGUAUAGUCCUGAGAGGAGGAGACAGAGGAGCUUGAAGAGAUCUGGGGACCCGAAGAGGGGGAAUGAGAGCGAUGCUGAUGAUGAGGAGGAUGGGGGUAGGUUUCAGGGGAGGAGGGAGAGAAGGAGGGGGAGGAGGAGGAGAGGCCCGCCAAGUGAGGAUAUUCAGUUUCCCAGUCCGGAGGUGCAGAGAGUGACGUUUGCUGAGCCGAGGAGGGAGAGCGGCGGUGGGAGGGAGAGGGGGAGAAGACGGGAGAUGACACCUGCGCCGAAGGGGAACAGAAAAAGAUCUGGGGAGCGGUCUCCUGAACGUCGGUAUAGAGAUCGCUCUUGUGAACGGACUCGUGAAGGAUCUUUGGAGCGGGCUCGGAGGCGUAGUGAGAGGUCACCUACUCGUCAACGCAGGGAGCAGUCUCGCGAAGGCGGCGCAUCUUUGCGUCGAUACAGAGGCCGAUCUCGUGAACAUUCCCCUAGGACUCGCCACAGAAACAUAUCUCCUGACUCGUCUGACGAGAGGACAUGCACGCCUCCUCCCCGCCGCAGAACCCAGCCCCGCGAGAGAGACGGUGUCCACCAUUCGAGGGAGAAUCACAGGAGCAGGAACAAUCUUUUGGGAAGGUUACGGGCUUUUCGGAUGGAGAUGAGGGGGGAGCGGUACUAG